ACCAGUGAUUUGGUUUUACUUAUGGCGACUGUAAAUGACAGUAGUGAUGAAAGUGUAGCUCCAAAAGAUUUUCACUUAUCAUCGUCGUUAGACAGUGGCAGUGUAUUUACAUUUAAUCAUCAAAUUUGUCAGUUAUGUAAUAAUUUUAGAAAAACAUUUUAUUGUAAACAAUGCAUUCGUAAUGGUGAUUUUACAUAUUCUACCUCCAGUUAUUCAGAAAGGUUUUCUGAAAAACAAUUACGUCUUCAUAGUUUAAGAAAUUCAAAACAACUUGUUCAAGAAAAAUGUGAAAAGCUAUUGAAAAAGAAAAUUAAUUACGAUCAACUGAUCUCCGAGACAAAACAAUGUAACCAAAGAAUUGUAUAUUUACGAAAAUUGAUUGAUGCUACAAAGAAACGGAAAACAACGGCAGUUGAACAACUAGGACAAAUUAAAAAGAAAAAUCAUGAUUUGAAAAUGCGUUUACCUCGUUAUCGAGAUCGAGUUUUAGUUUUAGAACGAUGUGUGGAAGAUUAUCCACAAGGAAUUGUUGCCAAAAAGAAUGAGAUUGACGAAAGUUUAAAAGAAUUAAAAAAAUUGACGCAUAAACAUAUUGAAAAAUUAAUUAAAUAUAUAUUUCCAAUUUCAAAAGUAUUACCGACUCCCCCACAAAGCAGUGUCGAAAGCACAUUAAGUUCACGCAGUAAUGAAGAUAGUGUUAGUGAAGUAUUAGCUGAAGCUCAACAAACCGUGUAUGUUCGUGACAGAUGGAUUCAACUCUCAGAUCAUGAAACCUCUGGUGGUGUUCGAUAUCGAAUUGUAGCACCAACUUUACCUGGUUCCGGUGAUUUUUCUAGCUAUAAUGAUUGGGUUGCAUCACAUAAAGAUUCUGAAGGCAGUAUGCUUAGUGGAUCUGGUGAAGGUUGUGUUUCAAAACUGGAACAGAAUGUAGCAUUUACAAUAAGUGCUGCUUUAACAUAUACAGCACAAUUAGUAAACGUUUUAGCAUUUUACUUAGAUGUGCGUUUGCCUUAUAAAAUGACAUACAGUGAUUUUAGUAGCGGUUACAUGUCAGAAGGACAAUUUGCACGACGUGUAGCACGAUUAAAUGCAAAUGUCUUGCAUCUAUGUUUUUCACAAAGUGUAAAUCCAUAUUUAUUACGGCCAACGGCUACCAUACAUAAUAUUUUAUGCUUAAUUAAUCCAGAACUUAGUGAUUUGGGAAGGCGAGGUCCAGUGGAAAUUGACCCGAAAGAAGCAUUUUUUUUAGAGCAACAAUUAAGUCGAGAUUUGGAAAAUAGUGAAGAAGAUUCUGGAUCUGAAGAUGAUAUUUUACCAUGGGAAUGGGAAUCUGUACCACAUGUUCAAUGCCCUGAAGUCGGUAUAUUGGCAAUGGGAUCAAAUCAUAACGGUGUUGCUGGAGGUUCACAAGUCUCAACAGUCGGUACCACAAGUAUUGCUGGCGGUUUGGUGACAAGUGCUGCUGCCAGUAUCGCUUCAUUGUGGCGCGGUUGGACAGCUGGAGGACGAUAAAUAUAUAUAAACACACACACACACACAAAAGAUGAUAAUAACAAUAUUUUGUUAAUAACGUAAAAAAAAAUAAAAUUUAAAAAGGUGCUUUAAUUUAAAAAAAGAUGAAAAAAAGAACAUC